AUGCACGCACCGGCCGUUACGGCUAGUAAUAUCGGUUCGUAUGUUGAUCGUUGCGAACCGGUAGAAGAGCACAGCGGAAGACCCGUUCCCGUCCCCCGACAACUCUGUCCUCCACCACCACCAGCCACAGCGGAGGAUGAGGAGGAGGAGGAGAAGAAGAGAGAGAAAGGACGAGUGAGAUGGUGUACGUCUCUUGCCCGCACGAUUUAAAACGACAGCGAAGAGAAGAAAGAAGACGACGGCACGGAGAAGCACUUGGAUUAAUCGUUCGACGACGAUCCCCCAGGAGGCCACACUCUCGACAUCUCAUCCCCUCCCUCAGUCGAUCGGAUUUUUUGGCUGCUCUCUUGGUCUCGGAGGAAAACAAUGCGACGCCUGCUCUAUCGAUGUUGGCGGUCUUCGCCCGCGGACUGAGUCGGCAAAGAUGCAAUCUUGUUUGAUGCAGGCUUCUUCAUCGCCGGAUCUCGAGCUCGAUCGCUGGGCUUUUGUCGUAGAUUGUACUCUGUGUCUGCUGGAAAUCGACUUUAGGUUUAAUCUUUUCGGGGUUUUCCGGUAAAAAUCUGAUCUUGGAAUGGAAGGAAGGGAGCUGCCGCGCAGCAUGAUGAUGUCGGAGCAGCUGUCCAACGUUGAUUCUUCCGAUUCCCGAGACCACGUCAAGGUUCGGGAGGAGGACGAGACCGACCAAUCUUGCCGCCAGAGCAGCGAUUCGGUGGCUAUCACGUGCGAGAAGAGGGAAAGCUCCACGGCCUCAGGCGGCGUCCGCGGCGGCGGAAGGAGGCUGUUCGACGUCAUCCAGCAGGUGCGCGAGGCGAAUGCGGCCGCCGCGGCCGGGAAUUCCUCCGGCAGCGGCUCCAAAUGGAAGUCGUUAAGGGACCGCAUCCGCCGCGCCGGCGCAGCCUGGGCAGCGGCGUCCUCGGCCCAGCCUCACCCCAUUUCGGACCCCGAGCUCGUUGUCCCCUCCCGCCGCAGCCCCUUCCUCGGCCGUUCUGUCUCCCGCUCGGUCUCCGUGAGGAACCCGUACCCGAUCUCCGACCCCGAGCUCGUCGUCUCCUCCCGAUCCAACCCCGUCCGCGACCGCUCUGUUUCUCUCUCCGUCUCCGUUCGGAACUCCGAGCCUCCCGUCCCAGAACCCACGGUCAUGGCGGCGGCCUCGGAGAAAGCGGCCGCGGUCAGCAGCGCAGGAGGAAACACAGAGUUCGGCGGCGGCCAAAAGUACGUUCCUGGCGGUACCUACGAUUCGUCGCCGCUGGCCGCCGCGCGAGCGGAGGAGGAGGAGGAGGAGGAGGAAGAGGAGGAGGAGGAUGAUGAUGAUGAGGAGGAUGAUGAUGAGGAGAAGGGGGACGGGGAGGGAGAUGGAGGGGAGCAGCCGGCUAGGAUGUCAUUAAUGGCGUUACUGGACAUGCAAUGGGGCGGAAGCGGAAAGGAAGGGUUAGAGGCGGAGGAGGAGGAGGAGGAAGACGAGGAGGAAGAAGAGGAAGUGGCGGAGGAGGAGGGGGAGGGGGCCGGAGAUGGGAUGUUGUACGUGUGCUGCGUGUGCAUGGUGCGUCACAAGGGGGCGGCGUUCAUCCCCUGCGGCCACACCUUCUGCCGCCUCUGCUCCCGUGAGCUGUGGGUCAGCCGCGGCAACUGCCCCCUCUGCAAUGGCUACAUCCUCGAGAUCCUCGACAUCUUUUAG